UUUAACAAGCAAGAUGUCUCGAUGUAAAUGUCCAAAGUCAGAUAUGAAAACGGACGCUCAUACAUCGUGGUAUUCCGAAAACAUCACAAAGAUGCAGGAACGACGUUGUGAUCUUGUGGGUAGACAGAAGUACUUAAAAGAUAAAAUCACAACGAUGGAACGAUCGAUUCCCGCGUUAAUAGCAUACAAUAUGUGGAUGGGGAAAGAAUGCGAAAGUGCGCCGUAUUGUAAAAUUCGCGAGAUUAUGAAGACUUUUGCUCCUUAUCCAGAUCAAACUGAGAAGCUUCUCAAAAGUCUGAAAAAUACCGUGAAGGAAUUGAACUGCGAGACCGAGGAGUUGCAUGAGAAAAUCAUACAGGCUGAUGUUAUAUUAGAAGAAACGGAAAUGGAAUUAGAAUCUUUGGAACUUGUGAACAAGGAAAUGAACGAUACUUUGAACAAUCUAGAGAAAGAAAUGCGAUGUUACACUACCCCGAGUCUUCAUUCGAUACAUUCCGAGGACUUGCUUUGUUUGUCAAAAAUACGCCAAUUAGCCGAAGAGGAAUUAAACCUGAAAAAUUGUAUAAAAGCAUUGGAGCAGAAUGAAACAAUCUUUAACGAACAUGUGAAUCGAUUGUUAACGUCUAAGGAGUAUCAAAAUGUUCGUGGCCGAAAAAAAAUUAGCUGCAUUCAAGAUCCAGAAUGUAACGGAAAUAAAAUAUGUUACGUACCAAAAAAAUGUUUGUGGUCUAAACAAAAUGAUUUAAAGAAAAAGCAGAAACAGGAAAUUAUUGUACAAAGUAAUGCAUUAGUUUCUACAUCAGAACAAAAUAUUAAAAAACAAGAUCAAGAAAUUAAACCAGAGAUGCCCCAGGAAAAUGUUGGGAAAAAAUCUUCAUGGAUACUAAAUUGGUGGUCAAAUAACCAAAAAUCGGAACAGGUGUUACCGCAGAUGAAACGUGCAGAUGCAUCCGCAUCGAUGAACAUUAAGAAUAAGGUACAAAAAUUUACUUUACCAUUAGAUGAGAAAACGAAUAACGAUAAAUCGUCAUCGAAAUCGAAAUCGAAAUCGGCGCAAUGCCAUCGACCUUGUUUUACCCCUCAGGAUCUUCAAUGUAUUCUGAGAAAAUCUUGCGUAGAAAAACAUAUUCCCCCUUGCAAUAUUUCUUGUAACAAACUCACCAAAUGUUGCGCUACAUCUUCAAGAAAACCUUUUUGCGAGUUACCACGUUAUACAAUGGCAGAUCACGGUAUUCGAACGGGAUGCAAACCACGUGUGGUACCCUGUGAUUUCAAUAGUCCCUGUGAAAUUUGCCCUUCAAUACCUUUCAAAAGUUACGUAUAUCCACUUAGAAACUGUAGGUGCAAUUGCAAGGGCAAAUGUAGCCGUGGAUUGUCCGAUGCACCGUGUAAUUGCAGCGAUGAACCACUGGAUUCGUCAGAGGGAUAUCAACCAACUGGUUCCAAGCAAUUAGAUGAUUCACGAAGAGAUGAAGAUAGUGAAGACGAAUUUUGCGAAUGUUGUUCUUGUGGUUGCGAAGACAGCGAUGAAUCUCUUUUGUGUCAAUGUAACUAA